UCGAGGGCGGGGUGGCGGUCGUAUCGCGCAUGCUCGCGUCUCCCCCGAGAGGAGGGGCAGGGGGAGGAGGAGUCGGGAUCAACGUUCUUAACAAGGGGGGCGGUGUAGUUGGUGGAGGCGAAGAGGUGACGGCGGAGGGGUUUGCACGAGGCGUGCAGGAUGGCUGGAGGGUGGGGAAACGGGGCUGCGAUAACGGUUUCGUGCUGGUGGCUUCUCGAGAGGACAGAAGUUUCGCCAUUUCAGUGGGCAAGGGUCUGGAGCGGUACCUCCCUCCGAGAGACCGCAACGCGGCUCUGAACGCGAUGAAGCCGCUGCUGCGCGAGGGCGACUGGGACGGCGCCGUUCUGCUUGGGCUGGAAGAGAUCCACCGCCGCCUGUUCGAGAACCUUGCAAAGGCAGCCGGCGGCGGCGACGGCGGCGCGGGGGCUUUGUCCUCUCUUGGAUGGGGCUGGGAAGACCUGAAGCGACGGGCGUCGGGCGGGUGGGGGGGUAGCGGGGGCGGCGGUGGUAGCGGCGAUGGCGGUGGCGGUGGCGGUGGCGGUGGCGGUGGCUUCCGUGGCUUCCAUCUCGGUGGCUUCGAGAAUUCGUUUGGUGAGAACUGGAAGCUGGACGUCCCCCCUGGCUCCGUGCUGCUGGCGUUGUCGCUGCUGUGGGGAGGAGCCACCGCACGGGCCUCCCUGCAACGGAGGCGGUACGACAGAUUCGAGGCUAAGCUGGCUGGGAUCGAGGCUCAAAGAGCGAUGCUGCCGCUUUCAGCCGGCGGCGGUUGGUCGGUCGGGCAAGACGCGUUGGCGUCGCGGGGAGUGUGCCCCAUCUGCCUAGACGCCUUCUCGGAAGCGGCGGAUGGUAGCGGAGCCGACACCAAGGGGCUGGUGGGCGCGGACCGGAUGCCGGCGGCGACACUGCCUGACUGCGGGCACACCUUCUGCCAAAGGCGACUGCCUAUCCCGAUGGAACGGAGACGGAAGCGACUCGAGCAGUGGCAACCCCGAAGCCUGCCCGUGUCCUGUCUGCGAUGCCCCCACGCCGGCGGUCGGAGACCCGCGGCUCGGCCGCACGAGUAGACGCCGUCGUGCCCCCCGCCCUGGGCCCCUCCGCCUCCGCCGCCGCCGCCGCCGCCAUCGGCCUGGGGAGGAGGACGUUGGUUCCUUUGGGUUCAGGUGGCCUGGCUCGUCUUCCUCUUGGGGGGGGGGAGGGUCCCGUCGCGGUCGUGGAGGAGUAAACCUAAGUUUUUCGCCGUCGCCCCGGUCGAGCGGGUGGACUUCAGACGAACCUCGAGGAUUGCUGCCGUCACCGAUUGCGCCGCCACCGCCGCCCCCACCGCCGCCGCCGCCACCGCCGCCGCCUUCCACCCCUCCGCCACCGCCGCCGCCGCCGCCGGUACGGCCUCCAAGGGCGAGCGGAAGUCCCGGUGUGUUGAGGACGGGGAGGUUGGGCAAGACCGGCGGUGACCAGGCAAGGGAACGGGCGCGGCGGGAGGCCGCGUUUCAGCUAGCCUCGCUGGGGUCUCAGUACCCCAAGCUCUUGGACGAUCGGACCGUCAACAGGUGGCUCUCCAAGGAUUACUCCUCCAGCUGGAGCAGAGACCCAAUGCUCGCGCUGAACCGCCCCCCGGAUACCGGCUCUGACAACAGCCGUGUUGGGGGCGGCGGCGCUAGGAAAGGAAGCGGGUGGGUCACCAACGGCUCUAGGGGGCUCGGUGGCGGGGAGAGGCGGUCAUACGGCGGCGGCUCUUCGUCCUCCGCUACAGGAGGAGGGUGGUAGAAAACUGUGGUAUAAUAGAGGUGACGCGUUCGGCAGCAGUAGUUGGGCGGACAUUUUUUUUGGCGAUGGCGCCUGCGGCUCAACUGUACUCUUCCGUCUCGGUGACAAUAAAUUUGUGAUGAGAGAUAACGCGUACAUUAGUAGUUGGGUGGACAAAUUUAGUAACCAUGGUACCGGCGGCGGCUUGUUUGAACUCUUGCGUCUCGGCGACAUACCGCCGUGUGUCUUCGGCUGUUGUUGUUACCCAUGAGAAGCGUUGGGUAGGUCAUGCGGCGGGAUUCUUGCGUGAAUUGACCCACCGUUCGCGAGGCCAACUGUCGUCGGCGAAGGUGUUUGUUGUUGUUGAGGAAGCUAUUAAUAGCUGCGUUGCAGCUCUCUUCACAGCAGUAGUGGCGUUCAUAUUGUUGUCGCACGCCGACGCCUCUACCAGAAACCCGUGAAGAGAGGGUUGCAAGCAACGCUUCGCGAAUCCUGCGCGCCGACUUCGUUGAACGAUGGGCCUAGCGGUUGUGGCAGGCGGCGGUCUAGCUUUCCGGUCAGCUCGGUUUGCUUCGUGUACAUAUUUCGAGACAUAAUCAGGUUCCGUGGGAUGGGUUGAUGGAGGGUCGCUGAAGCAGUGGCGCGAACACGACCAUGCGGUGUUGUACAUACAUAAUUUGUCGAUACGGAGUACAUACGUAAGCAGGUACAUAGCGGAUUUUGAUGGCAGUAGAUCAUUCCCUGUUAGUGGCUGCAAUCAGGUGUGUGCGUGUAACGUAUGAUCCGGGAAACUACUUCCUGCGCUUGUGUGUUUUCGUGGCAGUUUCUCCUACAGUAACGUCAAACUGGCGCUUAGAAAUACACUUUUUUUUGCCUUGGAGAGCGGUGUGCGCUUCUGCCGCAGCAAACAACAC